CAUGUUGCCAAGUACGUGGGUAAAGUUUUGUCCAUCCAUAUGUUUACAUGUCCAUUCCCCAAUAUAUCGAAAUUUUGAAAAAUCCUCGUGUCAACCUGAGAAACGUCCCAAUUUGUACAUAUACGCACGCAAAAAAGAGAAAAAAAAAACUCGCACAUCUGAAGAGGCAAAUACAUACUCUCCCCCACCCCUUAGUCAGUCACUUCCUCAAAAUGGACCAAGGGGUGGAAAAACUGCUGAACCAAAUCAACGACCUGGAGUCCAAGAACCGGUUGAUUUGCAUGCAAAUCGAGGAGAUGAAAACCACUGAAAAGGAGUUGCAGAAAAGUGAGAAGGAGCUCGUGUCAGACAUAGAGAGCAUCUGCAAGCAGCUGAAAAGUAUGGAAAAGGAGGAAAUCGAAUUGAAUAACGACAUUACCCGCGUUAACCUGAUAUGCAAAAAUGUGGAAGCGACUCUGCACAACGAAUUUGUGAAGGUCGAAAUAGCAGCCCAAAAAAUCAAUCAAGUGUAUUGCCAUGAAGAAAGUGAAAAGAACAUCAACACCGAUUUGGGCAAAAGCACCGACAAGGUGAAGGACUGUCUAAACAAAAUGAACCAUUCCAAUGAAGACUUGACUGUGUUAAAGGAGGUGCGAAAAAAGAAUUUUCUUCUAAACAAUAUUUCGAUAGAGGACCUGUACGAAAUUUAUGAGGACACCAAAGAGCAGUACCAAGAGAAUUCCUUCAAAAAUCAGUGCCACAAAAUUACCAUUGUCGAUUAUAAAACUCAUUCGUACUUUUGUAACCCCACGCAUUUGAUACAUAUGACAAAUAUGCUAACCGAAAAGGUGAAAGCGAGCGCCCCCGACCAGAAUUUCAACUUUGCCAGCCUCGCCAGCUACUUCGGACUGAACGAAGGAAGAAAGAAAGAGCGGAUAGAAAACUUCGGCCUAUCCGAGUUGAACAAAAUAAUGAUAAAUCACUACAAGGCGAAGAAGAUUAACGUGAGCAGCUCUGCGUGA